UUUAUACUAUUUUCUGUCUAAUUGACGUUUACGUACAAAUGGUCCGAAGUUGAAAUGACAUAAUACACAGAAUUAUUUUUAAUGUCUUUUCUAGUACAAUAAUUCAAAUUAAAUUGUUUAAUUUUACCUAAAACGCAGAGUAACUAUGGCACGAGUACACACGGAUCCCUCUAGAAUCACAAUGGAGGAUAUCCUACAAGAAACUGGUUGGGGACUUUACUACAAGGUUCUGAUAGGAGUUGUUUCGGCCUGCAACUUUUGCCAAGCAGUUAGUCUUGUUGCUCUGUCUUUCGCUCUGCCAUUAGGAACCUGUGAUCCUUUCAUAAAUGAGGCCACCAUUUUGACAGUAGACAUGUGCUUUUUCUUCGGGAAGGCGAUUGGUGGCUUCCUCUUGAAUGCCUCAUCAGAUGUUACUGGAAGAUUAUGGUUACUACCUAACAGCUUGAUGAUGAUUUUUUGCAGCACAUUUUUAGCAGCCUUUUCGCACACUGGAUCUACUUUAUCUGUGGCGAUGUUCAUUUUAGGUUCUGGGCUCGAGGCAAAUACCCAUGCCACACGAAUCCACCUGGCUGAAAUUUUGCCGAAAUAUACUAGAGGUCGGCAUCUUAUAACACCUAACUUCUUCUGGACACUGGGAUAUAUGAUAGCAACUGCAUCAGCAUGGAAAUUGUCUCAUCAUGCAAUUGUGGAUCACAGAGGGAGUGAUAUGAGACUCACCGCUUGGAGGUUGAUGUUCGCUGUUGCAGGAGGCUGCAACCUUAUAGUGGCUUGUGUAACAGCCCUUGUUCAACCUAGUCCACGAUAUCGACUAUUCAGGAAACAAUAUGACCUUGCACAAUCUACUCUCAAGUUAUUUUAUGCCAUUAAUAAGUCCAAAUACAGUGAAACGUGGCCUCACAGAGUGGAAGACCUCACCAACAUUAUUUCGGAUUUCCAAAUAAACACUGAGCCUCAGCCACUGAAUUGUGGCGAACAGAUCCGUCUGUUGUUACGUCGCACUUUUAAGACUGUUUGUUUAUUGUUCAAGAGAAGGUUCAUAUCGACCACCGUCACGUUGAUAAUAAUGAGGAUUUUACUUUUCAGCGGGCAAAAUUGUGCCUGUGCAUUUGAUGCUCAGUAAGGCACUUCUGGUUCGAAAUGGAACCUGUGAGGUAAUUGGCCAUGAACUCUUGCACCUCUUUCCACCAAUAGGUCAGAAAUGUAUUCUUGAAGUUGACUUGAUGCUGUUCAUCAUUUUCAUUUCACUGACUUUGAAUA